UAUCCCUACCCCCCUCCUCUUUCUCUUCAUUUCUUCCCCCUCCUCUUCCUGCACCUCCGCAGGUUCAAACUCUUCUUGGUGAGAGUGGCGGCGAUCGCGAGGUCACGUGAUGAGCAUCCUGCUGCCCAACAUGGCGGAGUUCGACACCAUCUCGGAACUAGAGGAGGAGGAAGAAGAAGCGGCAACGUCGUCGUCGCCGUCGUCUUCGUCGUCUGUAUCUGGGCCCGACGAUGACGAGGAAGAGGAAGAGGAGGAGGAGGAGGAGGAAGAAGAAGAGGAAGAGGAAGAGGAGGAAGAUGAUGAUGAAGAGGAGGUGCCGCCCCCGCCUCGUGUAGUGAGCGAGGAGCAUCUGCGGAGAUAUGCCCCGGACCCCGUACUGGUGCGGGGCGCCGGCCACAUCACUGUGUUUGGCUUGAGCAACAAGUUUGAUACUGAAUUUCCCUCAGUUCUAACAGGGAAGGUGGCCCCAGAAGAAUUUAAGACCAGCAUUGGCCGUGUGAAUGCAUGUUUGAAAAAGGCUCUCCCAGUCAAUGUGAAAUGGCUGUUGUGUGGGUGUCUCUGCUGCUGUUGCACACUGGGUUGCAGCCUAUGGCCUGUUAUCUGUCUCAACAAAAGAACCAGAAGAUCAAUUCAGAAGUUAUUAGAGUGGGAAAAUAACAGAUUAUAUCACAAGCUUGCUUUGCACUGGAAGUUGACUAAAAGGAAAUGCGAAACUAGCAAUAUGAUGGAGUAUGUAAUACUAAUAGAAUUCUUACCAAAAUAUCCCAUAUUCCGACCUGACUGAGAAGUUUUAUUCAGUCACUUCUGUGUUACCUGUCAUUUCCUACCCUUAGUGCCUUGUAGAUGAUUAUGGAAUGAAGAUGGUCUCCUUUGCUGUGUUCAAGUUAUUCUUUAUAAUGAGGUCUAAACCAGAAGCUAUGUCUGGAAAGCAAGAGCCAGAGACGUCCGAAGCAGAGAGCAAUACAAGGGACCACGUGGAGCUGGAAGAUAAAGAGCCAUACAGAAUCAUUUCUUUACCUGCAAGAUGUUCUUCAGGAGAACAAGGUCAGCAGUACUGAUGAGAGAGACUUUUGCCAGAAUCCAGCUUCUUCACCAUCAAUUCCAAUGGAGGUCUGUGUUCCAGGAAGAUGUUCACAAAUCUAAAUUCAAGGAAGUCCUUGGAACUCCUACAUCAGUCUGUGCUGCUGUUCAGCAAGAACUGGAAGAUGACCCCAAAAUGUUAAUCCCACUCAGCAAGGCUCUCCGUGGAUCCCAGACUCACAACCAAUGUGGAAAAAAAAACAUCUUUGGAACAGAGCUUAAUACACAUCAGUCUGUUUUUGGAUGAGAAGUUAAAGGCAGAACAGAACCACUAUCUAACACAUUCUUCAAAUUUUUAAGGGAAGUUUUUAAUGCCAAUUUUUUAAAAAAUGGCAAAUAUUUUAAAUGCUAAAGAAUGUGGCUUUGAAUAUCUACUGCAAAAAAAAAAAAAAAAUUGAAGAAAUUAUGAAGAGAACCUGGAAACUCUGAAGAACCUAAAAUGAAAGUUCAUUAAAGUUAAUUCAAGUGAAAUCUACAAAUGAAGCCUCUAAAUACUCACUUCUUAAGACUUAAAGUCAAAGACUAGCAAAGCACAAAGACUUAUGACUGACAUCAAAACCCGACUCCAGCAUUAGCCGAGGGGUAGGUGUUCCUCUUGAGGAAGGUAGGGGUUCCUCUUCUGACACCUGUUGCUCAACGACCAUCUGGGAUCCAUUCUGGAACUUGACAUGGGUCACCACCAUGUCCACACCAGACAAACUUGGAGCACUGCCCAUGGCCACAAUGCAAGUUAGAAGAGUGGCCAAGGAGGAGCCUUUGACCAUUAUGAUAAUACAGAGGAAUUCAGUAAGGUUCAAGCCUGCCCAGCCUGAUAUCCAGCACUUCAGGAGCCAUGCUGAAAUGGAGGCAUCAAGCAUAAGUGAAGAGAGACAGAAAGGUAAGUGUCCUUGAAAGGACUUGGGUACCACCAGAGUACCACCAGCACGGCCUCUCUCCAAUUCUUCUGACUGGCAGAAUAAGAAGCUGUGAGGAGCCAUGCUUGCUCACUCAAGUCCUCGCUGGACAGUGAGUCACCACAGUGUAAUUUCAUCCUAUGCUCCAAUUGGCCGUGUCCAAUUCCACUCGCAUUUCAGAUUGCUUAGGUCAUGGAGCAAUCUGGAACUGCCGCUGUGGGCAGUAUAAGGCAGCAUAGCCCGCCAUCUUAAAGCAAUGCGAUAGAGCCACUUUCUGCCAAGCUCAUCAAGACUGCCUCAACCAAAACCCCGCUAUGUCACCAGUGUAACAAACGGCCGGGUUAGCCACACAACAACUGUGCUACAUCGCCCCCGCAGCAAAAUCCACGGUGAAAUCGACAUGUCAAAAACAACGAAACCCGCCAUGUUAUGUAAUGCCGCAAGGGCUUCCGUCGCCAUCUUUUGGAACGCCGAAAUGAUCCACCGCCAUGCUACAUAUCAGAACAAAGACACGCCACGUCAUGCAGCCUUCCCGCCACUUGCAUGUUGAAAUAACUGGAUCGGCCAUUUUGUGCAGUGCAACAUGGCAGUGGGAGCCAUGCUAUGCAACGCAGCAAUGUCAAAUCGCCAUUUUGAGCCCUGCCCCUGUAUCCUCGCCCUCCCACUUUCUCCUAACGUUCUCAUACACAACGGUUUUGUUUUUCAGCCUCGGACUUGUUUUGCUGCCUCCGAUCUUGUUUUGCUGCUGCCGAUACCACAGUCCAUGCAGAAGCUCCGAACACCUCCAAACCAGCUCAUCUGAAACCUUCACCUCAUGCAAAGCACAUGACUACCCCUGCCCAGGGAGCCAUCCAUCUCGCCUCCCUAAAUUUAUACUUAGCACAACUGACACAACCACUGCCGAGACUUGCAGCAACUCUAAAAUGGCGUCCACUCUUGCUCCACAGCCAGCACCCUCGCUUCUCCUAUCUGCAAGGUCACUCCCUGGCCAGAGCUGCUCUUUCACUCACACACCAACAAACGAUCAUCAGCAAAAAAAGUGAAGAUAUUCCAGGUAGUGUAAUCAGCCACACCACCAACACAUUUUCAUCCAGAAAAAGUCUCGAUGACGAUGGAAAAAAAAAAUGAAAGCAGGUAUCCGCGGCCCCGAUGAGCCCAACAAAAUAAAAUUAAAAAAAAAAAAAAAAAAAAUGCAGGUAUCCGAGGCCCCGAUGGGCAAGUUAAAAAAAAAAAUAAAAGCAGGUAUCCGAGGCCCGGAUGGGCUAACUAAAAAUAUGCAUAUGAAAAAGCAGGUAUCCGCAGCCCCGAUGGGCCAAAGAUAACGGGUUAGAGACCCAGCAGGUAUCCGAGGCCCCGAUGGGCUAAUUAAAAAUAUGCAUAUGAAAAGCAGGUAUCCACAACCCCGAUGGGCAACUUUAAAAAAGUAAGUAAAUAAAAGGUAGGUAUCCACAGCCCCGUUGGGCAAAGUGAAAAAAAAAAAAAAAAAAAAUGGCAGGUAUCCGUGGCCCCGAUGGGCUAACAGGAAA